UUCGCAAAGGAAAGGUCUUGUUGUGUUGCGCAUGCGCCGUGAGUGAUAUUAAGAAUUAUUAUUGUGAUUUCCCGCGUUUAACGAAAUUCACUGUAGGAACCUCUUAAAAAGUUAAGUGAAACGAGUUUUCUUACUGUUUACGGGAAUUUUCGUGUGUGGAAUCUUGUCAGUGAACUGGCUGGUACUUCAAACUGCAUGUUUUAUUUAUAUUUAAUCAUAGAUUCGAUUUGAAUCUUCUGUUUAUAACUAUUGAAGUUUUAUUGGAUUCCGGUUGGAGAGAUUCGCUGCUAAGUCUAGAGUGGUGUGUCAAAACGACUCAUCAAGAUUAAUGAAUAUGUCCUGAAAAUACCAAAAAUUAUCAUGCACAGAUAAUAAAUAUCUAAAAGUGAUGUGGUGACUGGAGUAGUGACAUUUUAAAUAGAAAGAUGGCGCUGUUGCGUUUGACAUUCGCGUGUGCGUUAAGUGCUGUGUUUGUGUGUGUGGGUGGGCACGUAGCAUUGACCUUCCCGCCUGCGAGAAAGUAUGACUUGGACUUUUUGGACAAUUCUAGAACGAAACCGCCAUGUGGAAUGCCUAAAGGUUCAAUAAAGACGUCUUUUUUAGCUGGUUCAAAAGUUACAGUCCACUGGCAUUUGGCAUACGCACACCGAGGAGGAUUCAGUUUGAGGAUAUUGGACUAUCUGGAAAGACCCUUGUUGGAUUUAACUCCCAGAGCCGGUGGUUCAGAAUUUGUACGAGAUGAUCCGACGGCUCAAAAGUACGAAGUUCACCUACCAAGCGACUUCACGUGUGAAAACUGUACGUUACAAUUGCAAAGAGAGGCCGGCGAGUGGGGCGCCAACUAUCGGUUCUGGUCGUGCGCUGACAUCGACAUCGUUACACGUAAGGAAUACCACGAGAACUGUUCCGGCAGAGGUUUCCACAUCCUAGGCCGCUGCAAGUGCCACAAGAUGCACAGCGGGCCGCGCUGCCAGUUCUCGGACGAGUGCGCGGAGGACAACGACUGCGGGUUGAGAGGGAAGUGCUUCGACACCAACUCCACUGAAUCGCCAAGUAGGAUGUGCUACUGUCCACUCGGAUUUUAUGGAAAAGGGUGUAACAAAAAGGCACCUUGGAAGGACAAGGACAUAAACUUGUCUUUAUAUAGUAAGAAGCAAUUAUCGAAGCAGUUCGCCUUGUACUGGCGUGUUCUGAAAGAGGAAUCUGAGAUGGAGUUCGUGAUGAUGGUCAAUGGGACGUCAUAUGCUGCUCUCGGCUGGAGACCAAAAGGCCUGAAGAAAGAAUGCAAAAACUUCCCAGUUCUUGGGCCGCCUAUGGAUACUCCUAGCACCCCAGCACCAGAACCUUUACCAGAGCCCGAACCGAAAUCUGAGCCGGAACCGUCCCCAGAACCGAAGGCUGAGCCAGAACCGACACCGGAACCCAAAUCUGAGCCCGAGCCGUCUCCUGAGCCAAAAUCCGAACCUGAACCCACAGCAGAACCAAAAGCAGAACCCGAACCAUCUCCUGAGCCAAAACCAGAGCCGGAAUCUGCUCCGGAGCCAACAGUCGAACCAAGUCCGGAGCCAAGUUCCGAACCAGAAACUUCCAGCGUAUCUGAAAACGACAAUAGAAACAAGAGGGUAGCCAUGCAUACUUUAGAUGGAUUUGAUUUUAAGAACCUCGGCAAUGACGUUACUGUGAAAACUAGUGUGUCCUAUAAAGUGUCGAGUUCUAAAGGUCGAAAGAAACGAGCCGCCCAGGAAACAGAGGAGCCAAAUGUGGAAACAUCGACCACUAUAAUAGUCCAUGACAACGAAAACUCCCCUCCCCCCGAACCAGAACGAGUAUUACAACCAAAGCUAAAGCCAAAAACUAAACAUAAGCCCUUCCAACCAAAGUCUAGAAAAUUUAAUAAUUUGAACGUUAGUUCCACUAUUCACACUAAAGAUCACCCAGUGCCUACUUUAGAACCAGUGACUGUAUUAGGGUCAGAAGCGAACCAGGCCUCUAUACCCGAACCCAAUGCAGAGCCUACACAAAUAGAUACCUUAUCACAACCUUACCCUACUUCUGAGCCUGAACCAAAUUCUGAGCCUGAACCUUCUCCUGAGCCUAAAUCUGAGCCUGAACCUUUUGUUGAACCUAAAUCUCAGCCUGAACCUUCCCCUGAGCCUAAGUCUGAACCUGAACCUUCUUCUGAGCCUAAGUCUGAAUCUGAAACUUCCCAUGAGCCUACAUCAGUGCCCGAACCUUCCUCUGAACCUAAGUCUGAACCUGAACCAUCCCCUGAGCCUAAGUCAGUGCCUGAACCUUCUCCUGAGCCUAAUUCAGAACCCGAACCCACCUCCGAGCCUAAGUCUCAGCCUGAACCUUCCCCUGAGCCUAAACCUAAAUUAGAAAAUUUCCGCGAGCCUAAGUCAGAACCUGAACCUAAAUCUGAACCAGAACCCAUCCCCGAGCCUAAAUCUGAACCUUCUCUUGAACUUAAAUCUGAGCCAGAACCGUCACCUGAACCCAAAUCUGAGCCAGAACCAUCACCUGAACCCAAAUCUGAGCCAGAACCAUCACCUGAACCCAAAUCUGAGCCAGAACCAUCACCUGAACCUAAAUCUGAGCCAGAACCAUCACCUGAACCAAAAUCUGAGCCAGAACCAUCACCUGAACCUAAAUCUGAGCCAGAACCAUCACCUGAACCUAAAUCUGAGCCGGAACCUUUUCCUAAUCCCGAACCUGAACCCAAUGCAGAAAUGGAUUCAGAAUAUCUGCUAGUGAAAGGAUUUACUGAAGAAACAGGUUAUUUCCCAUCACACGAAUACGUUCCAAAAUUCGACUUCAACCCAAUGGAUUGCACCGACAUAGUCAUUGGUACGGCUAAAGGAAACUACCACAGGGUACUGGAUUACUAUACAAGAGACAGAUCGACACCGAGAGUAGACACGUUUUGGGGUGGGCAUGAUGACAUUACAGCAGCAUCAGGAUUUGAAGAGAACGGCGUUACGACGAUCAUGUUUAGAAAAAAAAUUAAGGCUAAAGAACCAUCAGACCAUUCGUUUGUUGACGACCUGAUGCAUGUGAUAUGGGCUAGAGGUCAGGAAUAUGGUCAUUAUGUACACUCGCCUCCUGCUGGUGUAUCGAAGGGUGAUUUCUAUCGUCCUGACGAGCUGAAAUACCAUGGACACGGAUCCCAGAGGGGAGUCACUGCUAUGAAUUUCUUUGAAGAAACAAAAACAACAAUCUCCGGUGGAAUUCAAUCGUUAGACAACGACAAAUGCGGCGCCCAGUGGAAAUUUCCUUCCGACUGCGACGUCAAGAACGACACCUGCGAAUACGUCGCAUCCUGGGAGUACCUGGGGCUCAAGAGGGGGAGAGACUCGGUGAAGUUCACCAUAACGACCAGGAACGCAAAGUUCUGGACCGGCAUCGGCUUCAGCGACAACAAGAAAAUGUCGCAGUCGGACGCCGUGCUGGGCUGGGUGGACCCGCGCAGCGGCCGCGCCACCGUGCUGGACGCGUGGCUGAGCGGGUACGCCGCGCCGCGCGCCGACGCGCACCAGCACGCCGCGCGCGCCGCCGGACAGCUGCGCGACGGCCGCGCCUCCUACAGCUUCGUGCGCGCGCGCGACACCGGCGACCCGCAGGACUUGGCGUUCACGAACGAGAAGUGCCUGUACAUGAUGUUCGUGACGCACGGGGGCGGCUUCGAUCCCGUCAGCAAGAGGACCAGCAAGCACAUGAAGACGCCCUACGUCACCGAGGAGAGGGUUUGCAUCAAGCCCUGCGGUCCCGAGCCAGACGAGGAAGAACAAACAACAGAAAUAGUACUGCCCGGCACCAAGACCUACUCCAUCCUCCUUAAGAUAACCGGUCUCGCUGAUAACUUCCGACCUCCUGCAGUCGGAAGUCCCGACUUUGAAGAUUUAGCGGAAAAGGUUUCCAGUAACCUGGCCCAGGAGUUGGGCAGAACUAAGGGAUAUCAGGGAUUAGCUGUGAACGGCUUCAUGCAAAACGAAACUAACGCAAUUAUCGCGGAACUGACUCUGAAGUCGAUCGACUCGAACUCUAUCGAGUCGGGUCGGUCGCUGGACGACGUCUCGCUCGCACUCAACGCGACCGAGCGAGAGGAGGAUAGGGACAAGUGGGAGCGCGCCAUUAGAGACACGCUGGCGGUCGGACGGGUCGGGAACUUGAAGGUGGAUCCCGAAUUUUUGGUCUUAGAAUCCGUGAAUAGCCGGCGGCGGCCGCCGGAGGAGGCCCCGCGCGCGGCGGGCUGGCCCGCGGGCCGCCUGUGGCUGCUCGCGGCGUGCGUGGCCGCGCUCGUGGCGCUCGCGCUGCUGCAGGCGCUCUGCACGCUGGCGCGCCGCUCCGCCGACGAUCAGCUGAUCCCGAGCACGGCGUGGAAGGACUACACGUCGGCGAACACCAACUACGCGUUCGAGCCCUUCGAGAACGACGAGAAGUACAACGGCACCUCCACCGCGUCCCUCGCCCGGCCGACGGGGCCGCCCCCGCCGCGGCCCGGCAGCGCGCACGGGGCCCCCCCGAGGGCGCACAGGAUGCCGCCCGACGGCCCCGGGCCCGGCUUCGACCGCCGCGACGGGGCGCCCGGCCGGCGCGACCCGCGCGACGCCCGGGCCGACCUCGCCGGCAGCCGGCACGACCUGGCCAACGGGCGCGCCGACGCCAACGGCGACGCCCACAAGGCGGCGGCGAACGGCCACCGCGCCGCGAACGGCUACCGGUCGCCGGGUGACGGCUACCGGGCGCCGGGCGACGGCUACCGGUCGUCGGGCGCGCGCUCCCCCCGCGCGCCCGACACGCGCUCGCUGCAGCGCCCGCGCUCGCGGCCCGGCUACGGCGCGGCGGGCUCGCUGUCGCUGCCGCGGCGCGACGCCACGCCCGACUUCUACUUCAUGCCGUCGCAGCGCAAGCACGAAGUUAGUAACUGCUAUAAAAAGAUUUCUGAACGAGUGUUCGAUGACACCUGACUUAAGUUACCAACAGACACACAUAUAACAUGGAGUGUUGACUAAGACAUAAUAAAAUUCAACCUAACCUCUCAGUGAUUAUUCAGUUUAAUAUUCAAAAUCGAAUACAUAAAAAAAAGAUUCUGAAUAGUCUUAUAUUAAAUUUUAUCAAACAUAAGUAUUUUUAAAAACCAAUAUUUAUUUACUGUGUAAAUUUUCGUCUAGCUUUUUUAUCAAGAAUUAUUUAACAAAUAUAGUAACACUGCUAUCAACAGACAGACACCACGCUCCAUGUUGUAUGUUUAUUAAACUUAUAAAUGUAAGCUCAAUAUGUUAAGCUCCCCAUACAACUUCACUUUAUCAUUAAUUCCAAACCAUUUCUAGUCUCACGUCACAGUUUUAAAUUAAGUUAUUUGUCACCUUUCUCAUGUUCUCGGUGUUGCCAUAACUGAAUAGAUGAUAUUAUAAAUAUGGCAACACUGAUAAAUGUAAAUACUUUGUUUUUGCUGUAUAUUCGCAACUUCUAUAUAAAUAUAUCUUAUUUUUUAUUUAGUGGUCGAUAUUAUUUCUUUUAAGUUAGUCUAUAUAACACAUUUGUUAAUACAAGAAAUAAUUUAUCAUUAUCUUUUUGUUUUUGUAUUAAAAGAUAACAAUUUCCGUUUUUAUCUUGAUGAUAUAAUAUGAAAAAAUAUGUUUCGAUUAAACUGAAUGUUAAAAAUUUAGCUAUUAAUGAGAAAUCAUAUUAAUAACUUUGCUAAUUUUACUGCACACAAUCUGUGAAUUUAUAUGCCGUCCUUUUAAAGCGACGCUAUAGAAAGAGAGAACUAUAUUUCAACAGAUUAGUUAAUAUAUUGUGUUUAUCAUAGUUAGCAACAUAUUCUUUAAAAUAAUUUAUUACGUCUAAGACUUGUACCUCAAUUAAAUAUUUCAAAUCUUUUUAAUAUAAAUAUAAUAUAUUUUAAUUAGGAGUAAAUUACAAAGGUGCUUAGAAUAACUAUUAACUGAUACGUUGUGUGUUGUAGUUGUGAGUCGGAAACAGUGCUGGUUGAGCGUGCUAUGAUUUUAGUUUAUUUUUAAAAUAUUUUUUACUGUUAUUUGUAAAUUGAGACAAAGUAAUAUACGGAAAUGUAAUUUAAGAAUUUAAUUAACACGAGUAUUAAUUAAUAGGAUAAGUAAUUA